GGUACAUUUGAUAGAGUUGAAGAACGCCAUGAUGUUGUAGCAUAGUGUGCGGCGCUAGCGCUGUGUCAUGCCAGUGAACGUGUGUGUGCGAAGGAGACCCGGGCCAGAGUUGAGCAACUAUUGAGGUUUGUCCACAAUCAUAAUCAUGACUAACAGCAACAGUGACACCAAUGCAAUCUUUCAUCACAAACGGCAGGUGGCGUGCGAUCAUUCGUAUUUCAAAAGUCACUCCAGUCAACCGUGUCAAUCCUUGCGAUCGGAGCCUGAGGAAGGUUUUGCUAUCUCCUCUAUAAUCAUUCGCUCGCAGUUCAGCUCUCAGAUCCCAAUGGAAAGCGUGGAGUGCGUGUUUGGGCUAUAUCGUAGGCAGUUUAUCCUGUCAAACAAAUUCCAACUAGCUGAAGGAGUAGUGUGGGGAACUGGCCAUGGCUAGGAAUCUAGGAUCAUGCACGUGGUGUCUGCUGCAGUGUAUCGUUGGUGCAUGUGCAGUGGUUACAAGCGACUUGGAAGCGAUAAAACUUCUCAACGACUUGUCCGCAUCAUGCGUGGAGGACAGUGGCGGUCCAAUGCCCUGUACGCCAUUUCCUCCGCUGGACUUGGGCAGAGCUCCACUGACGGACGUGCGUAGCAGCAGCACGUGCAGCAAUGAGGUCUACUGCAUUCAGGGGCAGGACGGUGCGGAAUGCAGAAACUGUUCUCGACUGUUUUCCAUCGGCAAUCUCAAAGAUGGACAAACCUCAGAUGUGUCGCGAUGGCAGUCCUCCAAUCUGCAGUCAUCCAAUGAACGUGUCCAGCUGCAGAUGGACUUCAAUCUCCCCUCCCUGAUCCUGUUUCAAGUGCAAAUGGACUUACCGAACUUUCAGUCACAGCCACUCACAGGGCUGGAGGUUGACAGGUCGCACGACUACGGUCUGACAUGGGAAAGGCUGGCUAACUUUCGACGUAACUGUCCAUUGACUCCGAGCCUAUCAUCCUGCACGAAUUUCACGCAGACAUCAACCUUGCAGGAGAUUCCAAUGCUAGAGUUCGUAGGCAUAAGAGAUGUGGCCACAGCGUUCACCAAUGAAACUAACAUGGAAGAGUUUCUGGCUCGGACACCUUUCACAACUAGCAUCCGAUUAACUUUCCUGGGAAUCGAAGAGCCUGCAAGCACCGACAUCUCCUUGUUCUACGCACUCGCUGAGCUGCAAGUCAUUGGGUUACCCUUCUGCAAUGGUCAUGGCCGAAUGUUUGACCCUGGCAACGCCACACAACCAUGUACGUGUGCGCACGGAGCAUCGGGCAGGACAUGCAACACAUGCAACGGUCAACCACUACCGCCAUCCUUCGUUGCUAGUACCAGCUCAUGCGAUACGCCUACUGCCAGUACUGCCACAACUGCACUAGCAUCAGUGUCGACAUUGCCGCCCACCACUGAUGCAGUACAGACUAUACCCAGCACAAGUACUACACAUGUCACUUCAACAAGACGUGCAGUGACCCCAAGCAGGAUAACGUCAGUUCCAGGAGUGUUGACAUCGCCACAGGCACAGGGCGGUGAUAAUCAGUUACUGUCUACUCUACUUACUACUGCGACACAGGCACCGACUGCAACCAGUGACGUUUUUAAUGGAACAGUAAGCGAUGCACCGACUGCAACCAGUGACGUUUUUAAUGGAACAGUAAGCGAUGCACCGACUGCAACCAGUGACGUUUUUAAUGGAACAGUAAGCGAUGCACCGACUGCAACCAGUGACGUUUUUAAUGGAACAGUAAGCGAUGCACCGACUGCAACCAGUGACGUUUUUAAUGGAACAGAAAGCGAUGCACUGGCUACAGCCUCAACCAGGAAUGCUACCAAUAAUGCGAAUAGCACUGAGCAACCUCAGACCUCUGCCAUCCCAGCAAGCCAAGACAGCAGUGGAAACUCAGCAGAAGAUGAUGAACAAUUUAGCUCGGGGACACUCAUUAUCAUUCUGGUAGUUGUAGUGGUCGAUCUCCUAAUCGUGCGUGCUGCUGAUAGUGGUGCUGGUUUGCAAGAAGAGAGCUAAUAAACGGAACCGGAGAUCAGCAGCACAGCCUGAAGUUGUCCUCAUUCACGACAAAGAUGGAGCGCACAGCGUGAAGCUGCAGCCUGUACCGGUAAUGGAGGACCCCUUUGUGCAUGUGUAUGACAGUCGCGGAGUUUACUCCGUGCACAUACGAGCCAACCAGGCCGCGGAUGACGGACCAGCGACACUGCCAGACUUGCAUGGAGACAAUGACGGCUCAAUUGGCAUCAACACACCAAACUGGGAUGACAGUCUGGACUCCUCCGUGAACCACUCAAUCAGCACUAGCCACUAGAUUCCAGCACUGCUCUACAAGUAUGAGUAACUUACAGUCAUGUAAGGAGUAUUGCAGAGCUAACAGCCACACCUUAACCUACACUUCUCUUUUUGAAGGAGCAAACAUUCUUUUCCCCGCAAACUCAUUGUGUCACGUUUUUAAACGAUUAACAGAUUAUCAGCCCCUAACUGUUAGCUAAAAUGCUAGAUUUUAAACGAAGCUCCAGGAAGAAUAAUAACGUCCUGGACGUUCACCGAAACUUUUCCCACUCAGUCUUCUCCCAGUUCCACACCACAUGAAAGAAUUAUAGAAGAGAGGCACCCAAUCUCUCUGGGAGAAUGGUUAUUGUUGAGAUCUGUACGACAUUGAGCACAACAUAUUCUCCUUCAACGCCGCACACCAUGAUGUAGAGCCUUGUUUAGGAGUUCUUGAAAUUUGAUUUUCACUUUACUGUUCUUGAAUCAUUGAGAGCUCGAUUUGUAUUCACAGUGUACGUUCUUUUGAGUUUUUGAGCUUUGUUGUAAUGCACUCUGGUUGUGUAAGGCUGAGGUGUACUAGAGAAACGAUAGUGCUAGUACUCAAACGGUUUACACUUGCAAUCUACUACAGUAAUCCUCAAAUGCCUGGGAUCACGGGCUCUUUUCAUCACUGGAUAUCAUGCCGCCAGUGAUUGACGUUGAACUGAGUUGCUGCACAUUGAAUACAUAAUGCUGUGCUGAGCAGAGUGUA